AGUGAGGUGAUGGACGGCGGACCGGGUCUGACUCAGGGAGACAAACUGAGAGCCUUGAAGAGCCGACGGCCCCCCCGCCCUGCCACCACCGUAGCUCUCAGAGUGGAGGAGAUGAAGACGCACAGCAGAUCAGCCUCACAGCCGCUCAGAUUGUCGAUGGGUGCCGGUCAGGGCCCCUCUUCCCCCCUCAAGUCCUCCAAGUUCCCAGCAUCCUCUGCUUCUGCUGCAGCCAAGAGGAUUGGUAGAAAUCCGUCGUCAACGGCGUCCAACAUCAGGAGCUCUCGGUUGGCGAGCUCGCUCAGUGACCUUUACGCUGCAGACCUGGAGGAGGAUAAAAACCUCCCUACUCUGCUCUUCCUCCCUCCUCCUCUGUGUCUCUCAGCCCCUCCCACUCCUCUCUGGCCCCUCCCUCUGUGUGUCGUUAUGGAAACAGCCCUCGCAGCGUGCAGCAGGAGGUCAACAACAACAGCGGUCUGUACGGAGCCUCUGCGGGGCCCCCCGCAGGGAAAAGCUCCGACUUCGUCCUCGGUAGCAGGACGGGGCCUCCGGACUUCAGGGGCCCGGGGCCCUACAGCGCCGCUCUGAAGGGCCCAUCAGGACGCUACCUGAGCCGCUCCAUACCUUCUCUUCAGUCGGAGUACGUCCAGUACUAGAACUACACAUCUGACCUGAGGACACAUUACCCACAAUCCCCCUCUGUGUGGGGCUCAAAGGGAAGCUAAUAAAGCAGCAGGAGUUCAGCUCGGUGACUGAAGAGACUCUGAGGCAGCAGCAGCUGCUCUCCGUCCAUACUGUAUGUAAAUGAGCUGUGUGCUAAUAAGCGGCGUGUGAAUGAGCUGUAUGCUAAUGAGCUGUAUGUAAAUGAGCUGUAUGUAAAUGAGCAGUGUUUGGCUGAAACAGAAGAUAUAUUAGAUACAGAAUACAGAUUUAUAUUUUUUAUUUGUGGCAGACGAAGAUUUUUUUUUUUUUUGAUAAACUGAAGGAUCAGCUGAUGACGUCGUCAUGGUUACAGUAUUUACUUCCUGUUUCUGAUCAGAUUGUGUUGAUGUGAUUGGUCAGUGUUCUUUUCUAACAGCAAUAAUAACAAGAAGAAAAGAAGAAGGGACCCAAAAGCAGACUCAGGUGUGUGUGUGUGUGAGCGAGGGGGCGGAGCCAGCAGCGGUCAACGCCCACUCAGCCUUAAAGACGCGUCUGAUUGAUCUUCCCAUCCGUGUAGUUGUUGAUUGAUCAGUGAUAGUCUGCAGCUCACACGUGCUCGUAAAUCUUUUAAUACCUUUACAAUAAAUUAAUGUAAUCUUUAUUUUGAGGAUGAAUAAUAUCUGAAAAUAUUUAUUUACUGUAGGAUUCAUAUUAUAGUUUCAGUAUCGGCCACAACCAUCACAACUAAUAUCGGCUCUGACGUGGAUCAAUACCGGCAGGAAUCAGGGUGCAUUUGUGUCGCGGUACUGGAAAAUAUUUUGUGUUUUUAUAUUUGUGUCGAGCUUUGUGUUCAGUAAAGUUACAGGAAGGUCACAUGAUCACCGGAGGGUUUCAAUUCACACAGAAACGAGUCUGUGAUCAUAAAGCAGCAGGUUGUGACGCGUUUACUGACCAGGAAGUGUAGUAAACUGCAAAAUUCCUGUCCUUAACGAGCAAAGAAGCAAACGGAGGAGCGAUCGUUAAAAAACAGACGAGACGAACAAGAAAAGAAACCAGAUAAAACAGAAACUAUUCAGGUACGCUCAGACUUCCCUUUACACAAAUGAACAGGUAGACUUUAAAAUGUCUUUAUUUCAGAAAUGGAUGUUUUCUCAGUGAAACUAAAUGAAGCAGACAGAAGAAAACGUCGAACUGCUCCUCUAAACGUGUUAUUGAUCAUGUGACGCCAGCUGUUUACAAGUAUUUAAAUUUUUGUUUGUGUUUUAAAAUCUGAAUAUUUGCUGAUUGGCUGCUGGAGAUCAGCUGACCUUGCUCUGAAAUCUCCCAUUGGUUGAAACAACAAGACCUUUUCAGAAUAAAAGCUGCAACACAGAAACAGAAUGUUUGAAAAAACAGUUUAGUCCUUUUAAGGUGAAAUAUUUGAGCCAACAACUUCCUGUUACUGAGUCAGUUUACCUGUGAGUGCACUGCGGCCUGUACUGCGAAGCGGAUGUAACUGGCUUAUCCAGGUAACUUCAGGUGUAACUUCCCGGUUAACACGUACUACGAAAGGUGGACAGGUGUUACCCGAGGUCUGUUGCCAUGGCAAUUUACGCCGCAUCUCUAAACUGCUCCGAGCAGGUUUUGUUGGUGGUUACCUCGAGGUUCCCCUGCACGUGGACUCCACACCACAUCUGUACUCAGUGUUACUGAUGAGAAGCAGGAUAUUAAUCCACACCUGAUUUGUUCCUCUGAGGCUGCAGUGAAGUUGUGAACACAGCAGCAUCACGUUCACACAGCGAGCCCUGCAGCCUCGGGGAGUUAGAGAGGAAUCUUAAUUAACGGCACAGUUUCUUAGAUGGAGCCCGUCUGCGUGGUUUCACAUAUUUAGAUAUUUAGACUGUUUUACCUGUC